CCGCCGCCUGCACGCCCGGCCUGCGCUCCACGCGCGAGCGAGACACGCAACUUGCGGAAACUUUGCCGAACUUACAAACUGAAGCUUUAGCAAGAAAAGUGCGCUGUGCUCUACGCGAAAUUGGAUGCAAUUUGUGCAGUUUACACAGUGCCGUGACGGAGUUUUGUGCAUUUGAAAAGUUUUUAAACUGUUUCCCUAGUUCGCUGGAUGGGACUGUAAUGGAUGAUUUUUGAACACACGCUAAUGGGUUGCUGCCUACCAUGAGCUGCAGACACGGCAGCGGGCCGGGCCAGGUUCGCUCGAGUUCUCCGACGCUGUGAACACCACCCCACAAGAUGGCGACGGCGAUACUCUCCCGUAUUUCGCUGAUUGCAAUAAUGCUGAUGUGUCGAGACUACGGGGCCGCCAGUCUGGAGUUGCUAGAGCUGCGCGUGCCCGCUCACGUGCCUUUAGGCACGCGAGCGCAUCUAUCGUGCCGAUGGCAGCUCGGGCCUACCGAUGUGCUGUACUCCGUCAAGUGGUACAAGGACGGCCGGGAGUUCUUCAGGCAUGUGCCCAGAGAAGCAGAGCCUAGGAGGAAGUUCCCGCUGCCUGGAGUUGAUGUUGAAGACUCGAGUCACAACGGGGCAAACGUGACGUUGUACCCGGCGGUGCUGGAAACAGGCGGUCGGUACCGCUGCGAGGUGUCAGGCGAGCGGCCGCUCUUCCCCACGGUGUCCGACCACGCGGACAUGGUCAUAGUCGCUCUACCGGACCAAGGGCCCUCAAUAACCGGGUCCCGGCUCCGUUACCAGAUCGGCGACCGGGUGCAAGUGAACUGCACAUCCGGGCGGUCGCGGCCGGCUACCCGGUUAGCGUGGUACGUCAACGGGGAACCGGCGCCUGCUACUGCGCAGCUCACGCCCUCCCAUCAGGUGUUCGAAGACGGACUUGAGGUCACCAGCUUAGCACUCGACUUCAAAGUCAAGCCAAAACACUUUAGGAAAGGCGACCUUAAGCUUAAAUGUUUAGCCACAAUAGCGACAGUGUACUGGCGUAGUAACGAGGAGAGCGUCCAGGGUGAAAGACUGAAGGGCUACGCGCGCUCCCGCGAGCUCAGCGAGGGCACCUCCCGGGCCGACCGGGUCCAAGCCGCGGGAAAAUCCCUCUCUGCCCCGGUCAAACUGGCCUCUUCCCCACUUGUGCUGUGCUUAGUCAUAUCGAUAAUCCACACACUACUGUACAUUUGAACACGGACAUUAACAAAUUGACUUAACGUUAAAGUGAUUGUUUUCGAAGCUGAAUUUAUAAAGUAAAGGCGCAUUCGCUUCCUCAUUAUUUCCAGUGGUUGGGCGCUGCCGCUUGCUAUAAUUAAGUUGAACUUACUUUAGAAGGCAGGUUUGGUUUUUGUUUAUUUUGUUACCUUAUUCACAUUUAUUUAUUGUUCGUCAAAUAUAAAGGUUUAAGAUAAUGUAUAUUAUUGUGAUGAUCAAAGCCGUUUUGUAUAUAAUUAAUAUUAAGUACUGCAAGAUCCCUUCAUACAUCGCGUCGUUUAUUUUAAAUACAUGGAAAUUCUAUCGUGGCAACGAGUUCAUGCUAGAGUUAAAAAAAAUAUUAUAUACAUAUAUACCGGAAUAUGAAACAUAAGCUUUACCUACUUAUGUUCCAUAUUCCGGGUAAGAUACUUUAGGACAAUUUUAGAAAAGGAUUGAAUUAGAAAUUGCAUUUUAAUUGAGUUUUCAUUCUAUACUAAACAUUCGUGUCACGUAUUAGGUUACUAACUUUUAAUGUAUUAAAAACUUAUUCGGUAAACAGAUAUCAUUAUUCAUUAUGGUCAAUGACAUGUGGGAUCUUAGACUAUACCUAUUUACUACUUAUAAAAGCACUAAUCAUUAUUUUAAGUUGCUAGAUAGACAUAUCAUGUAUUUUAUCAGCUUUCACUCAAUGUAUUAAAUUCUCUAUCGUUGUAACAGAAAAAUAUUCAAUCGGAAAUAAGCAGUAAAUAAUAUCUGGUUAAUUCUAGUUUAUAAAAUGAAUGUUAUGGUGCAAGCAUGCAUAAAAUCUUAAUUUAACUGUAAGUAUUUUUAGCCGAAUACAUUUUCUUACGUCAUUCCGGUGUUUAAAACUGUAGGAACUAGUAAUUAAUUAAAUAAAAAUAAUUAUUGUAUUGUUUCAGAGCUCAGUCGACGGUUAUUUCUGUGAAUUUGAGUUAUUAAUUGAAUACAGGGUGUAAGUAACUAAGUAGUGGGCAGAAGCGCUUUCAGAACAUGCUUGUGAGUGGAAAUCAUAUGGAUUUUCUUCGCGGAAAUUCUCGAUUUUCCCACAUUUUGUACAUUAUGUAAAAUGACAUUUAAGUUUGCUAAGAAUCUCAUUCGGAAUGAAUUACUGAGAUUAUACUUGCAAGAUUCUGAGAAUAUAUUCUUGGAGACCCGCCGCUUACAUUCUGUAUAUGAAAAUUAAUAAAUUCCACUUUUGUCAAUGUGUAAUGUUAUUUGCGAGUUAUUUCGACAUUUAAUUUUAAGAGAUAAAGUCAUUUCACCAAUAGAUUGUUGUGCCAUUGUUAAAAGUAAAUAAAUAUUGUUUCUAUUUUUUUCAUUUGUAUAAAUGCUUGAUAUAUGAUAAUUAUAUUAAUAAUUACCAUACAGACAGUCCAAAGAUACUAUAAAUAUGCUUACCAAAGCCGCUAAUUUACCAAUAUCGGUUACCAUUACCGUCUCUAAUUUUAUUGACACACAAAUUCUGCUAGAAUUAAUUUGUCAUUACGAAUUGCCGACGAGCCAAAGUAUUUGUACCCUCCUAAAUUAAAUAAUUUCGAUUAGAGUUCGGGACGACUUAAUGAAGAUUGGAUGCGGGCGUUUCAAUAGAUAUACCUACCAUUUUUAUAGUUCUCGAAUGCGCGUUGACAACUCCGUGUUUCGUUUUCGUUUCGUUGACUCAAUCCGUGUUCAUCAAACAUAAACUUUACCUUGUUAAGCGGAGGUUUUAGGUGUCAGUACAAUUUAAACCUUACUAACUUUUACGCUAGAUACUGUUUAAGCGCUUAGUUAUAUAGCACAACGAGAUCGAUUCCAAUUAUAGGAACCAUUUGGUUGCCAAGUAAUCUGAAUACGUACCUACUGUUUUUCUUAUUUGUGUUGAUUGAAUGUUCUGGUUCAAUGAAAACCUAACUAGUAAGUACAUACUACUAAGACCAGUCUAUUUAUUACCUAUACUCUCAGUCCUAUACUAAAAUAGUGUAACAUUUGUAGAAAGUCUCUUCAUUAUAAUUAUUUAUUUUAUUUUUUACUCCUUACUUAACUGACUUUCAUUUUGUAUUUUAUUCGUGGCCAAACUGAUUAUGAUGUUAUUCUCUGCCCUACUAACACACAACACGUUUACUGUAAAAUCACAACAA